AUGACCACCACCUCAUACGAAGAAGAGAAGCUUCACCAUACACCAUGGGUUGAAAAAUACAGACCCAAGAACCUUAACGACAUUGCAUCACAGGAACAUGCCGUAAAAGUCUUGGAAAAACAAGUGUCAACGGGGAACUUGCCCCAUAUGUUAUUCUAUGGACCUCCAGGAACCGGUAAAACAUCAACCAUCUUGGCAUUGGCUAAGCAGCUAUACGGACCUCGUUUGUACAAGUCCAGAGUAUUGGAAUUGAACGCGAGUGACGAACGAGGUAUAUCUAUUGUCCGUCAAAAGAUCAAAAACUUUGCCAAAUUGACCGUUAGUAACCCAACACCGGAAGAUUUGGCCAAUUACCCAUGCCCACCUUACAAAAUCAUCAUUUUGGACGAGGCUGACUCCAUGACGAAUGAUGCGCAAAGUGCAUUGAGAAGAACCAUGGAGACGUAUGCCAAUAUUACCCGAUUUGCAUUGGUUUGUAACUACAUUACGCGAAUUAUUGACCCAUUGGCUUCAAGAUGCUCGAAAUUUAGAUUUAAGUUGCUCAAUAAUGAAAAUUCAUUGAAUCGGUUAAAGUACAUUGCCAGUGAGGAAGAUUUGAAUUUGGAUAGACUGCAAGGUGAGGAUGAGGUGUUGAAUGAAGUGUUGAAGAUUAGUAAUGGGGAUUUGAGAAAAGCAAUCACGUAUUUACAAAGUGCGUCCAAGUUGAGCACAAGCUUACAAUUGGAAAACGGUGAGGAUGCUGAUGGUCAAGCAAGUGGGUUAAUCACCAAGCAAUCAAUUAGAGAGACUGCUGGUGUCUUGCCUGAUGCAUUGAUUAGCCAAUUGGUUACUACGAUAAGGUCAAAAGAUGACACGAAAUUGGUCAAUUUAGUCAAUGAUGUGAUAUUGAGUGGGUGGAGUGCGCAACAAUUAAUUGACCAAUUACAUGAAGUUUUGGUGAUGGAUGAUUCGAUAAACUCCUUGGUCAAGAAUCAAAUUGCAUUGAUAUUAUUUGACACUGAUAAGAAGUUGAAUUAUGGAACUGAUGAACAUAUCCAAUUACUCAACUUGGUUCUACAAGUAUCAAAGGUUAUAUAG